AGGAAGGGAGGAAGCAGAAAGGAAGGAGAGAAACAAGGAAACGGAAAACAAGUACCCGGCCAAAGUUGUUACGCGGACCCGAAUUCAAACCCCUUUUAUACGUUGCCGCUAGCUCUUCUGCUCCCUUCCCCCUCGCCGACCGACCGACCUAUCUUCCUCUCGCCCCUGCCCCACAGAAAUUCCUUCCUUCCUUGGCUCCGGCGCCUGCCAUACCCAUCACCUCCUUCCUCUAUGCCCAAGGAAAGUAUGGCGAGUCCCACCUUUAAACCCUUUCUGAUUGAUUGAUCCCGUAUAAAAUACUUGCCUUCCUCCGUGCGCGUUGCCGCCAUGGAAAGGGCCGACAUCACACGCAGAGCCGGCCUUGUCUGAGACAGAGACGGGGAGACACCGAGAGAGAGGGGUUUGGAUCGGGCGACGGAUGGGAGAGGGAGGCCACGUCCUGCGAGGAAGACAUUAAUGGCGAGAGAGACCCAGGGCAGGUGUUAGUUUGGAGCAAGUGCUGCCGUGUCUGUUUGUCUCUCGGCUUCCACGAGUUCUCGGUGUGGUGAGAAGACGAGCAGGAGGAUAUGCUUGCAAGGGAGGCCGCGUCUGGAAGAUAAGUUUCCGGUCGGGCUUGCUGACAUGGAACCGAGGAGGCUGGAGCGGUUAGUGUUUCUGCUCUGCUGCUGUGCGGCCAUCACAUGCUGUCUGCACGCGGGAGCUCAGGCCCAACCCACUCUACGACAACAAUCCGAAGGCUCGCCCCACAAUGGAGCAGUGGGCAGGGUGUUGUCGGAGACGGCGAAUCGGUCGCAUAGCGACCUUUCGAGAAGAACGAGAAGAAUCGAUCCUCUUGAUGGCUUGAGGAAGUAUGAGGGAGGGUUCAACAUCACAGACAAGCAUUACUGGAGUUCGACCGUAUUUACAGGUAGAUCUGGAUACAUCAUUGGUGCAUUAUGGCUUAUUGGUGGCAUCAUUUUUGCGGGCUUCCAUCUUGCCUCGAAGAUUUUCUUCGCCAAAAGUAACGAAAGAGAAAGAGACGGUGCCAUCGAUGAUUUUCUUGACAGAUGCCAUCUUGUGUCUGUCAUGCUUAUCAUUCUUCUUGCAGUUUUUGCCAUAGUUGCAUCGGCAAUCGCGCUUCAGGGCGCUGUACGAUUUCAUUCUAGAGCAGAGUCCAUCAAAGAUAUCGUGGGGAGAACAGCGCUUGAAGCAACGGCGACGAUUUACAACAUCACAGGAGCCAUUGAGAGGAUGCAGAAUAUAUCUAAGCUAUACAACAUUAGUAGCCAAUCCUUUGAUCAUCUGAACUCCACAGUAAAGGCACUGAACUCUGAAGCCGUGGAAAUUCAGGCGAAGGCCGAAAAGAACAUGCGCUUGGUCAGCAAAGGCAUCAACACAUUAGAACUUGUCAUCAUUUUAACCGUGACGCUGAAUCUUGUCGUGGUCCUUGUCUUGCUAGUGGGAAGACCUCUGAGGCUACAGAAGUUGUACUACAUGUGCAUAGCCUUGUGCUGGGUACUGACAGUCCUCUUCUGGAUGUACUUCGGGCUGUACUACUUCCUCGACAAGUUCGCCGGCGACACGUGCGCGGCCCUCGAGGAGUACCAGCUGAACCCCAAGAACAGCACGCUGGGCGCCAUCAUACCCUGCAGCGAGAAGAUGUCCGGCAGCGUCAUCCUGCACGAUGUUGGUGCAGGCAUACAUGACAUCAUAGACCAGGUGAAUUCGAACAUUUACGCCAUCAAGUCGGAGUACACCGUGAAGCAGCUGGACUACAUCUGCAACCCGUUCGCCGGGCCGCCGGCGUACCGGUACCGGCCGGAGAACUGCCCUUCCGGCGCAGCCACCAUUGGUGACAUCCCUCAGAUCCUGAGGAGGCUGACGUGCUCGGAGUUGGGCGGUGGCGCCAACUGCGCGCCGGCCGAGCUCUCGUCGGCGAUCGACUACGACAAGGUGCAGACGUACACGAGCUCCAUCCAGAACGUGCUGGACAUCUUCCCGGGCACGGAGCGGCUGGUGAGCUGCGAGCUGGUGAAGGCCGGCUUCGCGGACAUCGUGGGCAACCAGUGCGCGCCGCUGCGGCGCGGCGCGCGGGCGACGUGGGCCGCGCUCGCCGCCCUGUCGACGGCCAUGGCACUGCUCGUGCUCGCCUCGGCGGCGUGCGGCGGCGUCGCAGGGUCGCGCCACGCCGGCGACGACCGCCACUCGGUGAGGCACCUCACGUCGUCGUCCAACUCGGAGGUAUCGGAGACCGAGUUCGCCGAGAUGCACGCCAAGAAGGUGCGAGUGAAGAUCGUCGGGCCGUGAGAGGGAGAUCAAAUUCUUUUUGCUGUGCUCUUUGCUGUUUGCAGGUGAUAGUUUGAGAGAGGGUAUACGGCCGGCGGGAGAGACUGAUCCCGGAGAGAUCAUCCAUCGCCGGCGCGCCAUUGACGCGAAAUGUUUGGUUUCUUUUCGUGCGUGGUCUGGAGAAUCCAGCCAUACACAUGCAGUCUUGGUAUAGGAGAGGAAAAAGAAGAAAUUGGUGUAAUCCUGUAUUUGACCGGCAAAAAUGAUGCUGUUUGUAUAUAGAUUUUUCAAUCAGAGCCUGAUUUAUUA